CGGGCGGAAACAUCCGGACGCGGGGCGCGAGGGGCUUCAGGCCGGAGAGGGCGGGGACUCCUGGUGACUGGGAGGUUUGUCCCUCAGCACAGCCUAGGUAAAGGAUUGUAGGAACUGCCUCAGAGAUAGCCUGGAGAAAUGCCGUACCUAGGCUCAGAGGACAUAGUAAAGGAGCUGAAGAAAGCUCUGUGUAACCCCCAUAUUCAAGCUGAUAGACCUCGUUACCGGAAUGUCAUCCAGAGGGUUAUUAGGCAUAUGACUCAGGGUGUGGAUGUGUCCAGUGUCUUCAUGGAUAUGGUGAAAGCCAGUGCUACUGUGGACAUUGUACAGAAGAAGCUAGUGUAUCUGUACAUGUGCACAUAUGCCCCACUAAAACCAGACCUUGCUCUCCUGGCCAUCAAUACACUAUGCAAGGACUGCUCAGACCCCAACCCCAUGGUCCGAGGAUUGGCACUCAGGAGCAUGUGCAGCCUUAGGAUGCCUGGAGUACAAGAAUAUAUCCAGCAACCUAUUUUGAAUGGCCUUCGGGAUAAAGCUUCCUAUGUCAGGAGGGUGGCAGUUCUUGGCUGUGCAAAAAUGUAUAAUCUCCACGGAGACUCUGAAGUGGAUGGCACCCUGGUGAAUGAAUUGUACAGUCUCCUUCGAGACCAGGAUCCCAUUGUAGUGGUGAAUUGCCUAAGAGCUCUGGAGGAGAUCUUGAAGCAUGAGGGAGGCGUUGUUAUCAAUAAACCCAUUGCCCACCACCUCUUAAAUCGAAUGCCAGACCUGGACCACUGGGGCCAGGCUGAGGUGCUGGGCUUCCUGUUACGCUACCAACCCCGAAGUGAGGAGGAACUCUUUGCCAUCCUCAAUUUGUUGGACAGUUCUCUUCAGAGCAGCAGCCCAGCUGUGGUGAUGGCAGCCACCAAACUCUUUCUUGUUUUGGCAAAAGAAUUCCCCCACGUGCAGACAGAUGUUCUCGUUAGAGUCAAGGGUCCCUUGUUGACCGCCUGUUCCUCAGAGAGCCGGGAGCUCUGUUUUGCUGCUCUCUGCCAUGUGCGACGGAUCCUACGUAGUCUGCCUGGCCACUUCAGUAGCCACUACAAAAAAUUCUUCUGCUCUUACUCAGAACCACACUACAUCAAACUGCAGAAAGUGGAAGUUCUGUGUGAGCUGGUGAAUGAUGAGAAUGUCCAGCAGGUGCUAGACGAGCUCCGGGAUUACUGCACUGAUGUAUCAGCUGACCUAGCACAGGCUGCCAUCUUUGCCAUAGGUGGCAUUGCCAGGACCUACACAGAUCAGUGUGUUCAAAUCCUAACAGAGCUGCUGGUGCUCAGGCAGGAGCACAUCACUUCAGCUGUGGUACAGACUUUCCGAAACCUGGUCUGGCUUUGUCCUCAGUGCACGGAGGCUGUGUGUCAGGCCCUGCCUGGCUGUGAGGAGAACAUUCAGGAUAGCGAGGGAAAGCAGGCGCUGAUCUGGCUCCUUGGCGUCCAUGGGGAAAUAAUCCCGAAUGCUCCAUAUGUGUUGGAGGACUUUGUGGAAAACGUGAAGGCAGAGACAUUUCCAGCAGUUAAGAUGGAGUUAUUGACAGCACUGCUGCGCCUCUUUCUCUCCCGGCCUGCCGAGUGCCAAGAUAUGCUGGGACGUCUGCUAUAUUACUGCCUAGAGGAGGAAAAGGAUAUGGCAGUAAGGGACCGAGGGCUCUUCUACUAUCGCCUUCUCUUAACUGGCAUUGAUGAAGUGAAGCGAAUCCUGUGUAGCCCCAAGUCUGACCCUUCUCUUGGGCUCCUGGAAGACCAAGCAGAAAGACCUGUGAAUAGCUGGGUCUCUGAGUUCAACACAUUAGUGCCAAUGUAUAGCAAAGCAUGCUGGGCAGCUAUCUCUUCAUCUCAGGUGUCAGAGCCUCAUGGCCCUGAACCUUCUGGAAAUGGAGUCCUUUCUGCAUCAGGAUCCUUGGUUUUGGAGAACAAAGAGGAGCUGCAACCUCUGUGUGACUCUGGAUCUUUCCUUCUGGUCCCUAAUGGCCAACUAACUGCUGAGCAGUUUGAGAAAACUUGGCUAAGCCUGGAAGUGGCCCACCAAGAAGUUUUACCCUGGCAAGGAGUAGCCCAUCCUGACACCAUCCAGACAGCUCUGCAAGUGGUGAACAUCCAGGCCAUUGCCCUGAGCAAGGCCGGUGUCCAGCCCUGGAAGGCCUACUUUAGUGCCCAGGAUGGUGCAGGCUGCCUCUUUCUAACAGAACUGCUAUUAGAUCCUGAGCCAUCACAAGUGCAUCUCUCAGUGAAGCAAAGCCAGGCCAAGGCAGAGGCCCUAAACAGCUUUAUUUCUGUAUUAAAAACUGUGAUUGGGACAAUCGUGGGCAUAAAAUCUUGAUAGAU